AAGGAAUUCUUCUUCGUUUGUCACAUAGUAAGACUUAUUGGAAAACAAUAGAAGGGAUUUUGCUUCGUUAGUCACGCAGUAAAGUUUAAUGGAAAAAAAAGAAGGAAUUUGUCGCGUUAGUCACGCAGUACACAUUUAUAAGAAAAUAGAAGGAAUUUACUUGUAUUUUUUUUUCAUUCAAACUAAUGAAAUAUCAAUAUUUAUGGACGUUCAAAUCUUCCUUGUGUUCGACAGACAUUAAUCCUCAAAAUUACGCGACUAUCUAACCUUGAAUAAAGAAAUAUUGUCAUAUAAAUAUCAAAUCUGUUCAAUCGGAUUUUAUCGUUCAUAUCAACUUUAAAAAAUCUUCAUAUUAUGUAUCAAUUUUGAAAUAAAUUAAACAAAUUCUUAAUUGUGUUUAAAUGAUAAAGAUUCAAAUUACAGCCAAAGACAAAGAACUGGCUAAAUCUAGUAGAUUAUUUAAAUUCAGAUUAAUGUUUACAAGAGAAAAAAAUACAUGUUCGAGUUAACUGUGAUAAAGAAAAGAACAGCGAACUAUUAGCUAAGAGUUUUUCUUCAAAUGGAAUUUUAAGAAAGUCAUUAAUAUUGUAGUUAAAAAUUCUGACACUUGUAAAGUUAAGAAAACAAUACAUGUGAAAUCUGAUAAACCAAAAUAGAAUUUAUACAUCUGCCAAGGUUUAAAUUUCUUUGUUUGAUACUAAUUGGUAAUAAACGUUCAAUAGAAAGCGAAACAAUGCUUUCAUUAUUUCUAUUAUAACUGACAUAUUUUUAAAAAAAACCACGCGUAACUAAUUACCGAGGAAGGUAUUCCUUUCAUCAAGGACGACAAGCGGAACCAGCGAGAAUGUCAAAGCAUGUUCGAAUUCCGUCUCGUUCAUCGGAGAUGAGCAGCUCUACAUUACCUAUACUCCUUCCACCAUCUGCAAAUUUCAGACACAGAAAUUAUCGAAGUUUGGAGAUCCGACGAGAACUGAGAACAGAACGAGAACAGCUAAAUGCAACGUUACAACUGGACAGUAGUAAAAUAGUGAGAAAUAGGCAAGAUGUAAGAAGCGACAGGGACUAUUCCUUCCGGUCGUUAAAAACGUUUAGAAGUCAUAGAACUUCAGUAACUCCGCAGAAUUCUGAGUACGGGAAACCAGCGGACAAUGAAAGCAAACAAACACCUUUAGACACAAGCAGAGUCAUUCCAGUCGUACAGUGGCAGAAGAUAGCUUCCGUACCGGAUACCGAACGGGCUGAUGAAAGUGUUAAUAUUUCAGAACCGGUUGACUUGAAAAAAUGCCUCUCUUGUAAAGAAGAUCGUAAAAUUCUGAAGUUACUUCCAUGUCUGCAUUCAUUUUGUCAGAAAUGUUUGGAGCUGCAGAUACAGGAGAACCCUAGUCGUUCAUGGUUUAGAUGUGACCUAUGCAAGAAACAGAUACAUAUUCCAGGUAAAGGAAUUGACGGGUUUGAAGAUAACAGAUAUUUUGACUUUUCUGAAUAUUCUGUAACGGCGAACGACCGAUGCGAUAAGUGUAAUGGAAGAGUUCCGAGCUGCAGAUGUUCCGAAUGCAAUCAGAAUCUAUGCCCGGAUUGCGUACAUAAACAUCUGAACGAAGAUACUUCUAAAUCUCAUUAUAUUAUCAACCUGACGCAGGAAAUGUUGGGAAAAGAAUCGAUCAGCGCCGUCUGCGAAGAACAUAGCCCAUUCACACUUGAGCUUUUUUGUUUGACUUGUUCAGAAGCCAUCUGCGGACGAUGUGCCAUAAGCAAGCAUGUUAACCACAUUGCCGAGAAUAUCCAAAAUACUGCAAAAGAUAGAAGAAACGAACUCAAGUCCUUGCUUACGGAUUCUACAACUGUUCGGGCCAUGAGAGAUGCCCAUGAAUACAAGAAAACAUGCAUAAAAGAAAAAGAAAAUAUUCAUUCAGAUGUACAAACUACGGUUAACGCCAUUCAAGUUCAUAUUCAAGCCCUCAAAGACGAGUUAGAUGAGCUUGGAAAAAGUAUGAUAACCGAUGUGACAGAGAAAGAAAUUUCUCUCACGGGAGCAAUGGAGAAGAAUAUAGAAGAUGCAGAAAUGAGGGAAAAGGCAUCCUUCGCAUCCAUUGAAACAUUAAAGCAAAUCAUUGACAGAACUCGUGACAUUGAACUUAUAGGUAAGGCUAAUAACUUAAAAGAAGUUAUAUAUGAAGUAAAGAAAGCCUGUAAGCCACCUCCAUCAAAAUGCGUUAGGAUAAAGUAUAAGCCGUUGGUUCACAGCUUACGGUCUUCAAUAGGACGCGUACACAUGGAUGCGUUUCUAAAACGCCCCUUGCAUUAUGUUGAACUUGGCUCUCUUCAGCUGGGCAAAUAUAUCAGUUGCAUUUUCCCAGUCGAUGACCUCAAAGCAUGGGUCGCAUUCAGAAAGUACAUACAGCUGUGCAGCAAGGACGGUGCACUUGGACUAAGAAUAGAUACUGGGGAACAGGUGUUCGGGAUGGGUGCAAAUUCCAAUGGAACACUGUUUAUUGCCUGCAAGACAUCUGUCAAGGUCAUUACAAGCAAAAUGAACGCCAAGAUGCUGUUCCAGCUGUCACAUGCACCAAGCGAUUUAAAAAUGAACGAGAAAGACUUUUUCAUAAUCAGUUUCAAGGAUGCAAAACGAGUAGCGCUAUUCGACACAAAGGGAAAAGUAAUUCAAGAGUUUGAUAUCCGCCAUUUUGGAUUCCGUUUCGGCAUUCGUAUUCAUGAUCCAUGGAAAAUUGCCAUCAGUGAAACCCAGGACAUAUACCUGACUGAUUAUUCUUCGGAAAGUGUUGGAGUUUUUGACAGCCAGUGUGAAAUAAAGUCCGCUUUCGAAACCAACGUUUACAAGCAUGCAGCGUUAUGUUGCGAUCGCGGACUUCUUUUUAUCGCGGACUAUAAACAAGACUGCGUUCAGGUGUACUCACAAGAAGGACGUCUGUUGCAGACGUGUCAAACACAAGGAAUCAUUGCGCCAUGUAGCAUUGCUGUUGAUAAAGUCGGUGACUUAUGGAUUGGAUCGUGGAAUGGUUUAGUAAAAGUUUACUCUCCUAGGUGAUGUUGUGUUAUACAAAGUCUGGAGACGGUAAUGACAAAAAUUAAAGAAAAGGUUAAAGAUACAAUGUGCAUGUAUAUAGACAUAAAAAGAACUUUUGAACAUUCACCUAGUAUAUUUUGUCUAGCUCAUGCCAUUUGUGAUAAAUUUGGUAUCGAUAAAGAAAUACCGCCUUUCGCGAAAGUGACUUGUUUUACAUUUCUGAUAUGUAAUAACUGGAAAAGGCACUACAUUUUAUCUUUUCUAUUUAUAGAAUUAAAAUAAAAUGGCUCUGAUAACUUUGUCACAACUUUAAUAAAAAUGAAACACAA